AUGAAAUACUCAAAUGCGGUCAUAGAUGCCCAUCACUAUGCGGCGAAAUCUGUCCUGCCGUUGGUUUCUGCCAACAUUGCUGCUCAGAAGAGAGGAAAGAAGAUACAGGGGGACAACCAGGGGCGUUAUAAUGGAUACAUUGAUCCAGUAGGGAUUCUGGAGGAGCAAGUUCCAAAAUGCCCUUCUUGCCGUCAGCCUUUGCUGCAGUACAGUGUUCGCCGUUACGGACGAGUGAUCAAUCGCGCGGUGAUCAUGGAAAUGACCAGAGGGUUCCUCACUACUGCAUCUACCAGAUAUGAAGAGCUUCAAGCAGAGGUAGUUGAACUUGAGAGUGAGCUUAUCAAAUCCCGAGACGCAUUUUAUGAGACCUUAUCUCCCCCAGCCACAGAAUCAGGGCAAGGAUCUCAAAUGACACAAACUCAAAAGAAGGCUGAGUUGGGAAAGAGACUUGACAUGAUAGAGAAUAUCUCAACUAAACUGAAAAGCUUUGUGAGAACGACCAAAAAGCAGCAGCAGCCAGCAAUGCGGCUGUAUCAAAGCACAGUCACACGUAAAGCCUUGAGCAAUUCGGAAAAACAAGCUCACGCAACUCUCUACUUCCGUCCGGAUACACGCCUGGAACUACUUGCGACGAUACUAUGCUGCCGUUCCAACCUCCUUAUGGUUACUGAGAAUGCUUUGCUGGCUCAUCACCUUAAAUCCAAGGCUAAGGAGCCUCCUACUAAUCAUCGUCGCACAUGGCAUGAUCUAGCUCAACCAACCAAUCGAUCAAAUCAUAAUAUGGACGUCUUGAUUGACUUUGUUUCACAAAACGCUUCAAGAAAGGCGAAGGCUUCUUUAAAUAUUUGCCGAACAAAUAUAAAUGUUGCCAGAGCUCAAAACCUUCCUGGUGCGGAGGUUGAUGCUAUAGGUAUAUUUGCAAAAAUGGUAGCUAUCUGGCGCCAACUUCCGCAAGAUCCAAGUAGCGUCGAGAAAUUGAAUGAGGCGGCCAAAGAAGCAACUACAUAUCUAGAUGAAGCCGAUAAGGUUUGUGAGGGGGGACAGUUCACAGGAGUAGACGGCAUGAAGGAAAUGCUCGAGGUUGUUCGAAGACAACUGAGCGGUGGUACCUUUUAUCAAGACAUUACCGACCAAGAAAUGGAGACUGUGGUGAGAGCUAUGAAAAAACAUCUGACGUUUGAAUUUUCCACUGGCCGUUGGUACUAUUGUCAGAAUGGACACCCGUUCACUGUGGGCGAGUGUGGGAUGCCUAUGGAACAGGUCAAAUGCCCGGAAUGCAAUGCCCCAGUGGGAGGGACUAAUCAUAACCCCGCUGCUGGUGUACGAAGCGCAGCUGAGCUUGACGCCAUUGCUUAG